AUGGCAUCCCAGGCCCCUUUGAUCCCUCGAUUGCAUCUCUGGGAGAUUGACGAUCAGACAUGGUUCCCCUCCUUCCUCCGCGCGUACGUCCAAGCCGGCCUAACGCACGCCUGGACCGUCCACAUCCCGUUUCUGCAGCCCAGCAGCCCCGCGACCAUCGUAGCCGAGACCCUGCGACAUGUGCUCGGCAGCUCCGCCUCGCGGCACACUUACAUCGACUUCUGCGCCGGAGCCGGAGGCCCCACGCCUUUUAUCGAGCGAGCUUUAAACAGCCAGCUCGCGCGCGCUGCCACGCACCGGGUCCCCGCGACGGCGCAAUCCGGCAUGGUGGACGGCGAGAACCGCGCUGCGGCAGAUAACACGCCUAGCUAUGCCGCCGUCGCCAACCCCAAGGCUCAGUCUGCUACCGUCCAGGAAGAGGACAGCCAGGUGGACUUCGUGCUGACGGAUUUGCAUCCGCACGUCGAGUCCUGGGAAGCCGCUAGUAAGAAGAGCGACCGACUGUCGUACGUCGCACGCCCCGUCGACGCCGCCAGCGCGCCAACCGAACUACUGCGGCGGUAUACGGAGAAGAACGGCGGGAAGGGAAUUUUCCGGCUGUUCAACCUAGCAUUUCACCACUUCGAUGACAAGUUAGCUCGCUCCAUUCUAAAGAAUACGAUCGAGACCAGCGAUGGGUUCGGCAUCUUCGAGCUACAAGACCGGACCCCCACCGGUUUGCUGACGUGCUUCGCCUUCGGCUUCUUCAUCUUUCUAAUCGCUCCGCUGCUAUAUUGGUGGUCACCCAUGCGCUUGUUCUGGGUUUACGUUAUCCCUGUCGUCCCCUUUGUGCUUGUCUUCGACGGUCUUAUUUCGUGCCUACGCACCCGUACUGCCGACGAGGUUGAGGCCCUAUUACGCACCUGUGGUACGAACAGCGACAACUGGGAGGUUAAGAGCGGAAAGGAGCAGUUUCUUUGGCCCUGCGGAUAUUUACACUGGAUCAUUUGCACUAAGAAAGCUACCUCAUAA